AUGUCAACUGCCCUUCUUAUGGACAAGUCAAAGACUCCAACAGAACAAGGGAUAUUGAACCUCGGCAAGAACUGCGCCUUCUGUGACCAAUUGGAUUUUCUUCCUUUCACUUGCCAAUACUGCAAGAAGGUGUUUUGUUCCAAUCACAGAACAGAAGUAGCUCAUAAAUGUCCGGCAACCACCAAUAAUAGCGUUAAAGCGAACUAUAGAACCCCUAAGAAUGGGCCCUCAGCUGCUUCUCUUUUUCCUAAUAGAGAUGCGGAUCGUGAAAGAGUUAAUACUCUCUUGGAGCAGUCUCCUGGUCCUUCAACCCGAAAAUCAGUGGCGUUACUUCGUCUUAAAAAGUUUCUUAAUAUAUCCCCCCAUUCCAGAUCGUCGAGUUCCAAAACUUCCAUAGGCUCUAUCUUUGGUAGUAGCAAACUGAGACAACUGGCUGUGGCUUCUAAGUCAAAGACUUCAGAUAUACUAUUACUAAAGAAAUCAGCUAAAGGUGAUCUUAAAGUCACUGUCCCGGAUAGAAUAUACUUAUGGUGUCUAUAUAUAAGUGGUGAUACAGAUGUGACCAAAAUAGACUUUGAAAAGAAUCAAAAACCGGUGUUUGUAUCAAAUAAAUGGCCUGUGGGGAGAGCAUUAGAUCUGAUGGCCGAUACACUUGCGAUUUCCAAUUUUAAUAAUUCCACCAGAGACUCAGAGAAUAGAUUAAAUAUAUUCAAAGUAAAGGACGGUGUACCUGAGUUGGUUGAACCAAGCGAAAGAACAAUAUCAACGUUUAAAACCGGUGAAACCAUAUAUUUAGUCAAGGGAAGUAUAGAGUAG